AUGGCAGACUACAUCCACAAAGCGGAAGCCCAUCGCGCAGCCCGCGAUGCCUCCAUUCCGCCCCACCUCCUCUCCGACCUCUCUUCCGCCUCGGUCCCUCCCCUUCCCCAUGAACCUCUGCCACUCCCCCAUUCCAAGUCAGAACCGCACAAACCCGAGCCUAAAACCAUCUACGACACCCUAAACGCUACCCUUGUCCCCGCCAAACUCCUCUCCCUUGAAGACAAUGCCAUCACCACCACGGCGCUCCCCAAACUCGUCGACCUUCUAUCCACCGGCAAGUUAUCCUCUGUUCGGUGCACAGAAGCGUUCCUGCGCCGAGCAGUCCUAGCACAUCAACUCGUAAAUUGCUGCACCGAUUUCUUCCCCGACCUAGCUCUCGCGAGGGCUAAAAAAUGCGACGAGCACCUAGCUAAGCACGGAAAGCCUAUCGGUCCGCUCCAUGGUUUGCCCAUCUCCCUGAAAGAUCAAUUUCACAUCCAGGAUACAAAACUCACCAUGGGUUACGUUGGGUGGAUCGGCCGACCCCUAGCCAAGUCGCACUCCGUAAUCACCCAAGUAAUGCUGCGCGCGGGAGCAGUACUCUACGUCCGAACCUCAAUCCCUCAAUCACUCAUGCGGUGCGAGACCCACAAUCAUAUCUAUGGACGCACGCUGAACCCGUUCAAUCGUUCCUUCACCCCCGGCGGGUCUAGUGGUGGUGAAGGUGCAUUGGUUGGUAUGCACGGUUCUCCGCUUGGCCUGGGAACCGAUAUUGGUGGUUCAGUCCGCGUUCCCUCUGCGUUUAACGGGUUGUGGGGUAUGAGACCAAGUAUGCACAGAGUGCCGUACGAAGGUGCAGCGAACAGCUUCCUUGGACAGGAAAGUGUUUCUAGUGUGAUCGGGCCUCUAACUCAUUCUUUGGAAGGGGUGGUGACGUUCAUGCGAGCUGUUUUGGGGGAGAGACCUUGGGAACUGGAUCCCCUUUUGGUUUCGAUGCCGUUUAAUGAAGAUGCGUACAGUCUUAAAGAUCUGCAGCUUAAGAAAGGCUCCUCUGCAUCACAGGAAGCUUUAGGUCAGAGUGGAAAGUUAUGCUUCGCAAUCCUCUGGGACGACGGAGUGAUUCAUCCCCAUCCCCCGAUCACCCGAGCCUUGAGAGAAACAAAAGAAAAACUCAUCUCUGCCGGUCACACCGUCAUCGAUUGGAUCCCUCACAACCACUUGCGCGCAUACGACAUCAUCUCACGCAUAUACACCGCCGAUGGUGGAGAAGACAUCCGUCGUAGCUGCGCUGAAGGUGGUGAACCGGUAAUGUUCAACCUUAUGGCUGAUGGAAAAGAGCACAAGCAUCUAAAUACUUUCGAAUUUUGGCAGCUGAACCAGGAAAAGAGUCAGUAUAGGAAGCAAUAUUUAGACUAUUGGCAAGCAACGGAGAGUAAGACGGGAACGGGGAGACCGGUAGAUGCGAUCAUUGCUCCCGUAAGUUGCUGGGCUAGUUGUAAACAUGAUCUCAACGACUAUGUGGGUUACACGACUCAGUGGAAUUUGUUGGACAGACCUUGCGUCGUGUUCCCUGUUGGACAUGUUGAUCCGAGCAAGGAUAAGAAGGAGAAGUUGGAGAAGCCUUACCAGGGUCUUGGAGAUGGAGUUGAUCAGAUGUAUUGGGAUCGAUACGAACCAGAAGAAUGGGCCAAUCUCCCAAUCAACCUUCAAGUCGUAGGCAAACGACUCCAGGAUGAAGAGUUGCUCGGUAUCGCAAAGGUCAUUCGUGACGCUGGUGCAACCCUGCACUAA